CUCCCUGCGUCGUUGUAAAUCGAAAUGUAUGCAAGCUUGAACUCCAGAAGUUUUAUGUAACUUAUGUCUUAUGUAUCGUGAUCAUGUUAUGUGCAAUUGAUAUGUGGUGAUUUUUCUUUACUAGAUUGCGCAGCAAGUCGUCACAAUGGAGGAAGAAGGGCACAUCUCAGAUGCGCUUCAUAAAACGAAAACUUCCCACGGACGUAAACAACUAAAUCAGUCCAUUCAAAAAAGAAUGGAGUUUUACUUCAGCGAUGCCAACCUUAGCAAAGACCGAUUCAUGAGAAAUCUCUUGGAGGAAAACUGCGGUGAGGUUGAUAUAUCAGUGUUUCUUAAAUUCAACAAAAUAAGAGAAUUGACCGACAAUGUUCAGGAUAUUGUGAAAGCAUUGAAGAAGUCAUCUCUCUUGUCUGUUACGGAGGACAAAACAAAAGUGUUUCGCACUACACCAGUCAAGGAAAAGGAGAAUGUUGAUGAGUGCACAAUUUAUGUUGAAAAUCUUCCCAUGGAUGCAGAUCAUGACUGGCUGCAGAGCAUAUUCUCGCAAUACGGCAAGAUUGAUUACAUCUCAGUUCCUAAAUUCAAGCAUAGUGGCAAGGUGAAAGGUUUUGCUUUCGUGGAGUUUGAAACGCCGGAGGCAGCUAAAAUUGCUCUGGAUACUUUUACGAAGGCUGGUUGCAAAUUACCAUCAACUAUACUUCCCAAUCAACUUUGCAGUAUUGCAACUUUUGAUCGGACUGAAAAAAGUGUUGUGAAGAGCCAUAGAGUUUUUGGUUCACACAGUGACACUAAUAAAAACAACGGAUCAGAGGAGGAUACCAAGAAAUCAGACGAGCCUAUGAACGCUGAUGAAACAACAAAAAAAAGCGGAAUUAAGAAACGAUCCCAUGAGUCAAGUUCCCCUAGCAUCCCUCAGAAAGUACCACGCUUAGAAGUACCUGAAGAAGAAACUUCAAAAGAGGAAAAACCGAAGAAAAAGAGGAAAAAUUGUCAGUCAGUAGAAGAGAGUGAAAAUGACAGCAAAAAAAGUGACUGCGAUGAAUCAGGUCGUAAAAUAUCCGAAGGAAACACGAAAAAUGACUCAGUGGAAAGUGAUAAUGAGAAAACUUCUGUAAAUGACACCUCUGCCGACGAAAACUGCCAAGGAAACUCAGCCGCUGAGACAAAUAGGAAAAAACGCAGGAAAAAGAAAAAGAAGAAGAGCAAGAAAAUGAAGUCUGAUGUAGCCUCGACUGGUCUUCAAAUUUUGUCCAAGUGUGAAUGGAAAAAGUUACGGAACAAAUACCUGGAACUGCAGAGGUCAAAAAUGAAUUCUCUGAAGCAGUAUUUGACCAAGAUCAAGCAUGACGACAAUCAACACAUUAUGCGCAUAGAGAAGACAGAAAAUGAGUCUACAGAGAAAUUCAGACAAGAGCCCACCAGCAAAGAAGUCUCCUCCUCUCCGAGAGUGCAAUUUGCCCCUGGUGUCAUUUUAAAGCUGAAUUUUGAUGAGCCGAUCGUUGAUGUGAAAUCAUUCAAGAAUGAAGUGAAAUCUCACGAAGGAGUGGAGUAUGUUGAUGUGAAUGAUGGAGCAUUCAUGGCAUUUGUGCGAUGUCGCGACAGUGGUAUCAGCAAGCAGCUCAACUCGAAGAAACUCGGGACCUCCUCCACUAUCCUCUCAGGUGAGGAAGAAAAGAACUAUUGGGAGAAGAUACUCAAAGACCGUCACGAAAAAAUGACCAAUAAAUCUCUGAGAGCUAACCAGAAAGGGAGGACCAAACUUCUGAAAAAAGCAGAAAAAGCCCUAGGAAAAAGAAUUAGAUUCGAUUCUAGUUAGUCAGCAUUUUGAGAACGUUUUCAUCUUGAAGCACUAAGUUUUCAUCAAAAAAAGACUCCAGAUUAUUUGACAUGAUUUCGUCUUAUUAUAUAGAUGAGCACUAAAUCAAAAUAUUUAUCCAUGCUCCAAUUGGUUUUGUCACUCCUUUUGUAAAAAUGUAAUAAAAUGAUUGUUUCACGAAAAUCAUGUUCGAAGGAUGGCUUGAAUCUCAGGGUGGAACUCGAAUGGCCCAUUACUACAUUCCAUAUCGACCAAGAUCUUGUUGGUUAACGUAGAAAUUUGUAAUAAUAGGCCUGUUGAGCUUAUUGGAAAGUUCAUUUGCCAAUCGUUUUUUCCCACAAUUUUCAAAAAUAAUGAACACCUUGAAAUCUUUGUAAAAUUACUUUUUAAUGAGAAAUUGCGAUUGCUUCUUUUUGGAAAAGAAACAGCGGGUUUUAACUUUGCACUUGCUUCUGGAAAGCAUUUUCAUCCGGGCGAUUUAGGAGAAAACAGCCUAACUGCAUUUCAUGUCGCUUCCUUGUGAUUUAAUAGUUUAACAGAGAAUUAAACUAUUCAUCAUUUUUAAACUUCCUGUGGAAUUACCCUAAAUUAUCAAAAAUGCACUCUCAAAAUUUCAAAUUUCAGUCUUUCUUGGUGCUCAAAAAAUAGAACAUCAGAGAAAACUAGGCAACGUCUCAUGUAGUUAGGCUGUUUCCAAUAAAACGCAGCCAUUCCAUCGAUGAAGCUGCCGUAAAGUUUUUCUAUGCAAGUGCCUUGCUCCUCUUCUUGUGAGGAUUUCCAUCAAAGCAACUAUGAGUCUUUUCUUUUCGCCUCAAGUAUUAUUUUUAUUUUAAAUGAUAGUUAAUCCAACAUAACCAUAGAGUACAAUAGAGUCGCAAUGUACUAGAGCGCUGAUGAAGUCAAUCCAUGAAUGGGCCAUUCCGAGCCUCUUGUUCGCCGGAAAGUGGGAACCGUUCGGCAUUUUUGAACACAGCGGCUUAUGGGAGAAUCACGGGCUGCGAGUGGUAUCCGGGAUUUAUUCAUUUCGAUCAAUCAUUAUUUCCGCGAAUUUUGGCAAAUUGUGUUCACCAAAGACAUAACAAAUUAAAAAAUGUCCAACACUCCUGGUUUUUAUGAAAUAAAUUUUAUACCUGUAUUUCCUGAGCAAAGACCGAAGUUGGGACCCUGCGCAUAUAGCAUCGCCAAUCGCCACACACUAUUCUCAGGAGCACUGGACGAAACAGCCUCAGAAAAUGACUUCAUCGGCGCUCCAGAACAUUGCGAAUCUAUUGUACUCUAUGAACACAACAUCGUCCUCUUUGAUUAGAUGAAAUUAGUCGCAUGUGCAGGGUCUCUUGCUCUGUGAUUGUUAUGAUUUAAUCCUAACGAUGCUGAUUUAUCAAUAAAAAGUUUCUGUUUACUAA